UGAAGACUCUCUCGGAAGAGAUAGAGUCUUUCUGCAACCUGCAGUCCCAGCAGAAAAACCCUGUGAUCCUUGUUCGAGGCGGCAUGCAGGACGACUCACUCUACUUGGGAGGUGAGUGGCAGUUCAACCACUUUUCGAUACUCAUAUCUUCUUGGCCAGAUGCAGCUUUUGCUGAAAUCCAGCGGACUUCUCUCCCUGAGAAGUCACCACUCUCAUCUGAGUCUCGUGUCGACCUCUGUGAUGAUUUCGCUCCUGUGGCAAGAUAGCUUGCUCCCAGGGAGAAGAUUCCUCUGAGUAGCAGGAGACCUGCUACAGUGGGGGCUGGGCUCCAGAAUAUGGGAAAUACCUGCUACGUGAACGCUUCCCUGCAGUGCCUGACAUACAAACCUCCCCUUGCCAACUACAUGCUGUCCCGGGAGCACUCUCAAACGUGUCAUCGUCACAAGUGCUGCAUGCUCUCUACUAUGCAAGCUCACAUCACACGGGCCCUCUACCGUCCUGGCCAUGUCAUCCAGCCCUCACAGGCAUUGGCUGCUGGCUUCCAUAGAGGCAAGCAGGAAGAUGCCCAUGAAUUUCUCAUGUUCACUGUGGAUGCCAUGAGAAAGGCAUGCCUUCCCGGGGACAAUCAGGUAGAUCAUCACUCCAAGGACACCACCCUCAUCCACCAAAUAUUUGGAGGGUACUGGAGAUCUCAAAUCAAGUGUCUCCACUGCCACGGCAUUUCAGACACCUUUGACCCUUACCUGGACAUCGCCCUGGAUAUUCAGGCAGCUCAGAGUGUCAAGCAAGCUUUGGAACAGUUGGUGAAGCCCGAAGAACUCAAUGGAGAGAAUGCCUAUCAUUGUGGUCUUUGUCUCCAGAAGGCGCCUGCCUCCAAGAUGUUAACUUUACACACUUCUGCCAAGUUUCUCAUCCUUGUAUUGAAGAGAUUCUCCAAUGUCACACGCAACAAACUUGCCAUGAAUGUGCAAUAUCGUGAGUGCUUUUACAUGCAGUCAUACAUGUCUCAGCAGAGCACAUGUCCUCUUGUCUAUGUCCUCUAUGCUGUGCUGGUCCACGCUGGGUGGAGUUGUCACAAUGGACAUUACUUCUCUUAUGUCAAAGCUCAGGAAGGCCAGUGGUAUAAAAUGGAUGAGGCCGACAUCACUGCCUCUGGCAUCACUUCUGUCCUGAGUCAACAGGCCUAUGUCCUCUUUUACAUCCAGAAGAGUGAAUGGGAAAGACACAGUGAGAGUGUGUCAAGAGGCAGGGAACAAAGAGCCCUUGGUGCUGAGGACACAGACAGGCGAGCAACGAAAGAAGAGCUCAAGAGAGUCCACCCCUGCCUCCAGGUACCCGAGUUGGAUGAGCACUUGGUCAAAAGAGCCACUCAGGAAUGCACCUUAAAACACUGGAAAUUCCUCCAAGAGCAAAACAAAACGAAGCCUGAGUUCAACGUCAGAAAAGUCGAAGGUACCCUGCCUCCCAACGUACUUGUGAUUCAUCAAUCAAAAUACAAGUGUGGGAUGAAAAACCAUCAUCCUGAACAGCAAAGCUCCCUGCUAAACCUCUCUUCGAUGAACCUGACACAUCAGGAGUCCAUGAACACUGGCACACUCGCUUCUCUGCAAGGGAGGACCAGGAGAUCCAAAGGGAAGAACAAACACAGCAAGAGGGCUCUGCUUGUGUGCCAGUGAUCACAGUGGAAGUGCCGACCCACACGUAGGGGUGCACACACACACACACAAAUACACCCACAAGAGCACACACAAACACACACACCCCCAAAAACACGAACACCGUCAAUGCUACAUAAAGUAAUGAGGAGCCCAAGUUUCUGACUCUGCAACAGGGACAACUGGAUAGUGAUGGCUGCAUCUCAGGAUGAGCCCACACAUGGGAAACAUCAAGUUUUGGGGUCAUGAGUCUUCCGAACCUCUGGAGGGACUGUCUGUGUGUUUGUGUUCAUGGUAGAUGACAUUCAGUGUGUAUUUCUGAAUAUGACCUAUUGACAUGUAGGUUUGUGUGUGAGGUUAUUGUAAGGGACAGGGUUUACUAUUUUCUCUUGGGUGUGUUUCAUUCGUCAGUUGUUGGUCGGCAAGAGAAGGUGAAAUUUUGCUCCCGUGGGUCAUCUGUGGAUCAUUCUCGCCACCUUGAAUAGUGGAAACUGGAAUGCAAUUGGAAGAUAGGAACGGUGCUCUUCUUUCUUACCCUGGCUCGCCCAUUUUAAUUUGGUUUCUGAAUGGACCUCAGGCUCCCUGGGACUUGUGCUCUUGCUGGAAACCACACAACGCCGGAAGCAGACAGACCGAUUUGCCUGUUUCACGGUGUCCACUUCCGAUGAGUCGAAAGGGAAAAUUUUCCCACUGGCAUGUAAGUCAUUUGGAACUAAGUCGUAUUGAUAAUAAAGGAAAUCAAA